AGAUCCGGCUAGAGGGGAGGCUCCGGCAUCUCCUUCCUUCCUGGUUCCUGCAGCAGCUGCUGCCCCUGCUCAGCUCCAGGAGAAGGGAGCGGGCGGCUUGGAGACGGUGACUCAGAGGCGGAGCGGCGCGCGAGCCACCGAGCCCUGGUGUCCAUGGACCCUGAGGGGGAUCAUGGCAGAAGAGUUUCCAAGCGUCUGGGUGGGGUGUGGGGCUCCUGAAGGAAGAGGAACUGGCUUGGGAUCUCGCUUGUCCAGUCUCUGGAUCCUCUGCCCUUUUUUGGAGCCUCCUUCUUCUCUCUCCUGCCUCACCUCCGAUCACCCUCGGGGAAUCCGCCAGAGAAAGCACCGAGUGUUUCCUGGAGCUCGGGAAUGUGUGCCCAAGGGCUCCCUCAGGACAAGGAGACACCUCUCUCCUCCCGCUGUGCUCUCCAUCCUCAGCGGGGAGUGGCUGCUCCCAUCUUCAUGGACUUCCUAGAGAGGGUCCCUCCCUCACCGGCUGAGAGCACUCCGUCUGCCAAGCCCAGCGGUGCCCAGCAGGCCUCUGAGCUGUGGGAGGUGGUGGAGGAGCCUCGGGGCCAGCUGGGAGCAGAGCGUAUCAUGCCCGAGAGGCAGGAAGGCCACCUACUCAAGAAAAGGAAGUGGCCUCUGAAAGGCUGGCACAAGAGAUACUUUGUGCUCGAGGAUGGAAUCCUUCACUAUGCAACGACUCGGCAAGAUAUCACCAAGGGGAAGCUCCAUGGCUCCAUUGAUGUCCGACUCUCUGUCAUGUCCAUCAACAAAAAGGCCCAGCGCAUUGACCUUGACACAGAAGACAACAUCUACCACCUCAAGAUCAAGUCUCAGGACCUGUUCCAGAGCUGGGUGGCCCAGCUGCGUGCCCACCGCUUGGCCCAGCACUUGGACAUGCCUCGGGGCCCGCUGCCCAGCACCACUCACCGGAAGGCUCCCAGUGCCCAGCUUCCAACGGCGGGUAGUGCCUCACCUCUCCCUGGGCUUGGACCUCGGGAGAAGGUGUCUUCCUGGCUGAGGGACAGUGAUGGGCUAGACCGCUGCUCUCAUGAGCUCUCUGAGUGUCAGGGGAAGCUCCAGGAACUGCACAGACUCCUCCAGAGCCUGGAGGCCCUGCACCGAAUCCCCUCUGCCCCCGUGAUCCCCACACACCAGGCCUCAGUGACAACCGAGAGACCCAAGAAAGGGAAACGGACCAGCCGCAUGUGGUGCACGCAGAGCUUUGCCAAGGAUGAUAGUAUUGGACGGGUUGGUCGUCUCCAUGGCUCUGUUCCAAACCUGUCUCGCUACCUGGAGUCGCGGGACCCCUCGGGUCCCCGUGGUCUGCCACCCGCAGACUAUGCCCACCUGCAGCGAAGUUUCUGGGCCUUGGCCCAGAAGGUGCACAGCUCCCUCAGCAGUGUGCUGGCCGCCCUCUCCACUGAAUGGGACCAACUGAGGGACCUGCACCAGGGUUCAGAGCCGUCAAGGAUGGGGGUCUCUGAGGCCCCAACUGGCCCAAGGCGCCUGCACUCACUGUCCAUCUCCUCAGACACCACUGCAGACUCCUUCAGCUCCCUCAACCCUGAGGAGGUAGGAGCCAAGCAAGAAGCUCUGUACAUGAAGGGGCAGGACCUGACCCCCCAGCUGUCCCAGAGCAGUGUCCUGUCCCUUGCUGAUUCUCACACAGAGUUCUUUGAUGCCUGCGAGGUCCUGCUGUCUGCCAGCUCUUCUGAGAAUGAGGGCUCAGAGGAGGAAGAGUCGUGCGCCAGUGAAAUCACCACCAGCCUGUCUGAGGAGGUGCUGGACCUCAGGGAAGCUGUGCGCUGCCAGAAAGGUGCCAGCCAGGCGUGCAGGCAGGGAGGGGCUGAAGGGAGAGCUGCAGGGCCACCCCGUCGCCGCUGCCUACCGGCAGCCAGCGGGCCCGGGACUGACGUGAGCCUGUGGAACAUUCUGCGGAACAAUAUUGGCAAGGACCUGUCAAAGGUGUCAAUGCCUGUGCAGCUCAAUGAGCCGCUCAACACUCUGCAGCGGCUCUGUGAGGAGCUCGAGUACAGCAGCCUCCUGGACCAGGCCAGCCACAUCGCCGACCCCUGCGAGCGCAUGGUGUACAUUGCAGCCUUUGCCGUCUCUGCCUACUCCUCCACGUACCACCGGGCGGGCUGCAAGCCCUUCAACCCUGUCUUGGGGGAGACCUACGAGUGUGAGCGGCCUGACCGAGGCUUCCGCUUCAUCAGUGAGCAGGUCUCUCACCACCCCCCCAUCUCAGCAUGCCACGCGGAGUCUGAGAACUUCAUCUUCUGGCAAGAUAUGAAGUGGAAGAACAAGUUCUGGGGAAAGUCCCUGGAGAUUGUGCCUGUGGGGACAGUCAAUGUCAGCCUGCCGGGGUUUGGGGACCACUUUGAGUGGAACAAGGUGACAUCCUGCAUUCACAACAUCCUGAGUGGCCAGCGCUGGAUUGAGCACUAUGGGGAGGUGCUCAUCCGGAACACGCGGAACAGCGCCUGCCACUGCAAGAUCACUUUCUGCAAGGCUAAGUACUGGAGCUCCAGCAUCCACGAGGUACAGGGUGCCGUGUUCAGCCGGAGUGGCCGUGUCCUCCACCGACUUUUUGGGAAGUGGCAUGAGGGGCUCUACCGGGGACCCCUGCCUGGCAGCGGCCAGUGCAUCUGGAAACCCAACUCCAUGCCCCCCAACCACGAGCGGAACUUUGGCUUCACUCAGUUUGCCUUGGAGCUGAAUGAGCUGACGGCUGAGCUGAGACGGUCCCUGCCCUCCACGGACACGCGGCUGCGGCCAGACCAGAGGUACCUGGAGGAAGGGAACAUUCAGGCCGCUGAGGCCCAGAAGAGAAGGAUCGAGCAGCUUCAGCGAGACAGGCGCAAAGUGAUGGAGGAGAACAGCAUUGUUCACCAGGCUCGCUUCUUCAGGCGGCAGACAGACAGCAGCGGGAAGGAGUGGUGGGUGACUAACAACACAUACUGGCAGCUGCGGGCUGCGCCGGGCUACGGGAACCUGGACGGGGCUGUGCUCUGGUAGCCCUGGACCCGGGGGCAGGAGGCUCCAGCUCCUCCCUCCUGCCCCCACUUGCCCAUGGACUCAAGGGCGAGGCCAGGCUCCCCAAAGCACUGCCCCGAAGACCUAAGGGGCAGCCCUGUCUCUGGCCCUCUCCCCUGUGCCAGCCGGAAGGGCUGCCUCUCAGCCCAUCGCCCACCCUGAGUUUGGGGUGGGAAGCAGGAUUCAUGCUUCCCCAGUCUCAUUUCCCCAGACAACCGGCAUGUAAGCCCUUCUUGCUCUGUCAUCCCCUUUCCUGUUCCCUUUGGGGUGCUUGUGGGGGACUCCAGGCUCUCAGGAUCUGGUCUCCAUUUCAGUGCCUUCUCAGGACACAGGAGACCCCGAUGCCCCCCAGGCUUCCUAUGCCAUGGGCUCUGGCCCCAGCUUUGUGGUUAGAGGAAGUGAAGGGGGGGAGCCACUUUUCUUCCACCCUGUCCCUCCCGUGCCCUGACCCAGUGGGGCUCCCUUGGCUUGGUCCCUACCAACCUUUCCCAUCCUCCUGCAUCCCUUUCUUCCAAACUACAAAAUGCCUGUAGCUUCCGGUUCCUUCAGCCCUGGACCUCAUGUGGUUUCCUUCAGCCUCUACUGAGCGGAUUCCCCAGAGUAGACAAGGCCUCUGUGAGGCGGAGCCGACUGAGCAGCCAGAGGCCUGGCCUCAGACCCAAAGGGAGGGAGGGGGCGCGUGUGAGAGAGCGUGAGCUUGUGUGGGAGAGUGUGUGCAUGUGUGUGCCUGUGCACUGCUUGCGGGCAAGCAGGAUUCCUAACGUAGCCCCGAUGUUCCCUCUGCUGGGUGUCCACCACUGUUGCUGCUCAUUUUUGCACAGUCUGCCUCUGAUGAAGAUGAACUGCUAUAACAUUCCAAGCUCCAAUAAAGACUGUCCCCAGCUUUG